GUUCGUUGAGCGGCCCACUAAUCCACCAACCCCCAAACACCCGAUCUGAACCGGUUUUGUAAUAGCUAUAUAUCCAUCUUCAUUCCAAAGCCAAUUCAGGAGCAAAUAACAAUCCAAUAUCCAAAUUAUAUAUAAGAGAAAAUAAUUAAAUUAAAUAAAAAAAUGGCACAAAAUGGUGUGGAGAACCAGGAUGGGAGGCACCAAGAAGUUGGGCACAAGAGCCUUUUGCAGAGUGAUGCCCUUUACCAGUACAUUCUAGAGACCAGUGUUUAUCCAAGAGAGCCAGAGCCCAUGAAGGAGCUAAGGGAAAUCACUGCCAAGCAUCCAUGGAAUAUUAUGACGACAUCUGCUGACGAGGGGCAGUUCCUGAACAUACUACUGAAGCUUAUAAAUGCAAAGAAUACAAUGGAGAUUGGGGUUUACACAGGCUACUCUCUUUUGGCCACUGCUCUUGCACUUCCUGAUGAUGGAAAGAUACUAGCCAUGGACAUUAACAAGGAUAAUUAUGAGUUGGGACUGCCUGUGUUAAAAAAAGCUGGUGUUGCCCACAAAGUUGACUUCAAAGAAGGCCCAGCUUUGCCCGUUCUUGAUCAAAUGAUUGAAGAAGGAAUGUAUCAUGGCUCAUUCGACUUCAUAUUUGUCGAUGCUGACAAAGAUAACUACCUCAACUAUCAUAAGCGACUCAUUGACUUAGUUAAAAUUGGAGGUGUGAUUGGCUACGACAACACCCUAUGGAACGGGUCUGUGGUGGCGCCACCCGAUGCCCCAUUGAGAAAAUAUGUUCGGUACUACAGAGAUUUUGUGCUUGAGCUCAAUAAGGCCCUUGCGGUGGAUCCAAGGAUCGAGAUUUGUCAACUGCCAGUGGGUGAUGGGAUUACUUUGUGUCGGCGUAUUAGCUGAUCGAACCGUUUGAACUGUUAUUUUUUUUCAAAUUAUUAAGUCCUUUUCCAAUUAUGGAAUUUGAGAUUUGAAUUUGUAUUUCAUUUGAUGAGGAUGGAUAAUAAAUAAAUAUGAUUCGAUCCAAUGGAGCUACUUUUUUUUUUGUCGGUAGAUUAUAUAAAUCUCGAGUUUGAUCUUUAUUCUAAUAAUUUGUUAUAUGCUGGCUAACAGGUGUGUUGUUUGUUGCAAAGGUAAAAAUUUUGCCA